GUAUUUUGCUAACCUUCACUUCCCAUAAUUCUCUCUACUCUCACUCUUUUCUUCUUCUUUAUAGAUAUCUCUUAGUGAUUCUCAUGGAUCCACCAUUCAACGAAAUAUACAAAACCCUUUUGUAUAAUCAGAUCACAAACACCGAAAGAGAUGUUCCUGAAAUACCCUUUAGCUUCUCCGUCACGGCCGUCGUCGAGGAGGUGGAGCUUCCUGUGAUUGACGUCAGCCGUCUCAUCCAUGGAGCCGAGAAGGAGAGAGAGAAAUGUAAGGAAGAGAUUGCGAGAGCUUCGAGGGAGUGGGGAUUUUUUCAAGUAAUAAACCAUGGAAUAUCAAUGGAUGUGUUGGAGAAGAUGAGACAAGAACAAAUUAGGGUCUUUAGAGAGCCUUUUGACAAGAAAAGUAAGUCGGAGAAAUUCUCCGCUGGGAGUUACCGGUGGGGAACGCCGUCAGCCACUUGUCUCCGGCAGCUUUCUUGGUCAGAAGCUUUUCAUGUUCCCAUGACAGAUAUUUCUAACAACAAGGACUUUACUACUCUCAGCUCAACAAUGGAGAAGUUUGCUUCGGAAUCGGAAGCUCUAGCAUAUAUGUUGGCAGAGGUUCUUGCAGAAAAAUCAGGACAAAAAUCUAGUUUCUUCAAAGAAAACUGUGUGAGGAAUACAUGUUAUCUAAGGAUGAACCGAUAUCCACCAUGUCCCAAACCAUCAGAAGUGUACGGGUUAAUGCCACAUACGGACAGUGAUUUCCUCACAAUCUUAUAUCAAGAUCAAGUCGGAGGACUCCAACUCAUCAAAGACGAUAGAUGGAUCGCCGUCAAACCUAAUCCUAGAGCUCUCAUUAUCAAUAUAGGUGACUUAUUUCAGGCAUGGAGCAAUGGCAUGUACAAAAGUGUGGAACACCGUGUGAUGACGAAUCCAACGGUGGAGAGAUUCUCAACGGCGUAUUUUAUGUGUCCAUCAUACGACGCCGUUAUAGAGUGUUCAAGUGAUUGUCCUGCUUAUAGAAAUUUCAGCUUCAGAGAAUUCAGACAACAAGUUCAAGAAGAUGUUAAGAAGCUUGGUUUUAAAGUUGGCCUUCCUAGCUCACAGCUAAACCGUUGGAACAGAGCACGAAGCUUAAGGUCCGGCGCGAAGCUGGACCGUACGAUUAAUAAUGAGUCAAACAGUCCGACCGCUCCGAUGCGUCCGAUCGAAAGUUCAAGUCGUUCUGAUAUUUCGACACUUGACAGUGACGUGUCAUCAUCAAGUAACGGAGAUAAUCAGACGGAUAUGACGGCAGCGAAGUCGAUUUACAUAGUCUCUGACGGAACUGGUUGGACGGCGGAACACGCCGUUAACGCUGCUUUGGGCCAAUUCGAUUAUUGCUUGGUCGACCGUGGUUGUCCCGUUAAUACACAUCUCUUCUCAGGGAUUGAAGAUGGAGAGAAGUUAAUGGAGAUCAUAAAGCAAGCAGCAAGAGAAGGAGCAAUGGUAAUCUACACUUUAGCUGAUCCAUCAAUGGCAGAAGCAACCAUGAGAGCUUGCAAGCUAUGGAAAAUCCCAUCACUAGACAUUCUUGGACCAAUCACAGACUCAAUCUCUUCUCACUUAGGCACUAAUCCUUCCGGUCUUUCACGUGGCAUAACAAACUCAUCUCUUAACGAAGACUACUUCAAAAGAAUCGAAGCAAUCGAAUUCACUAUCAAACACGACGACGGUGCCUUGCCGGAGAAUCUUGAAAAAGCUGACAUUGUUCUUGUAGGUGUUUCUAGAACAGGGAAGACACCACUCUCGACUUACUUAGCUCAAAAGGGUUACAAAGUCUCUAACGUACCGAUUGUGAACGGUGUUGAUCUUCCCAAGACUCUGUUUGAGAUCGACCCGAGAAAGGUUUUUGGUUUAAUGAUUAAUCCGGUCGUGUUGCAAGGGAUAAGGGAGGCUAGAGCCAAGAGUCUUGGACUUGGCUCGAGUUUUAAGACUAAGUACUCUGAGUUAGGUUCUGUUAAAGAAGAGCUUGAGCUUGCCAAGAGAAUCUUUGCUGAGAAUCCGACUUGGCCAGUGAUUGAAGUGACAGAGAGUGCAAUUGAGGAAACUGCGGCAGUGGUUUUGAGGCUUUACGAUGAGAGACAAAGCAAUCGAGCAAUGCCUCGCAUCUCUAAAAGCUACUAAAUGAUUAUUAUUCAAAGAGGAUUUAAAAUUAAGGUGGAAGAAUAUAUAUAGAAAAUAUAAAUUGAUAAACUCUUU